AUGGAUGCGCUUCUCGGAAUCAACUGCCGCGGCAGCGCCAUGUGCACUCUGUCGACUUGCGACAUUAGCCUCUCGAAGAUCAAGUCAUACAUUGAUACUAUUGACGACAAAGAAGAGUGGGGCAACGGCGAGCAGAUCGCUUGUAAUCUUUGCAGUGGAUGUAACAAUCCUGACAAGUGCGAAGGCCUCUGUGCCUUCCCACAGAAGCUCAAGUCGGACGAGAAGGUGAAUGGCAGCCUGAUCAAGAGCAAGAUCAAUGACCUAGUCAAUCACAAGUGCGGUAGAUGUGGCAGCUGCCCUACUAAGCCGGGAAACGACGUUAACACUGGCGAGAUCACGGUGAACUAUGUCACGUCUGGCUGCAAAGAGGGUGUCUGCGAUUACAAGCGCAAGGCUGCCCGCGAUGAGGUUGCUUCCAGCGUUACAGCCGACGAGACUACUGACGAAGAUGUUCCUGUCGACCAAACUAUCGAUACAGACGUUCCUGCCGACCAGACUAUCGACGCUGAUGAUCCCAUCGAUACCUCCCUUCCUCCUGGGACGUCCGAAAACGUACAUGCUCUUACCGGCCCUUCAAAAACCCACUGCAAAGGUAGUAGCUUCUGCGGAACGUGGAGUGAGAAUUUCGAUACCGUCAAGCGAUACCUCAAGUCAAUGGAUCUGAUGGGUAAGUACAUAUAA